AUGAACGAUAAGUUCCUGGAUAAGAAAGAGCUUGAUGAUGCGGAGAUCGCGUCUCAAGCAUCCCAAAGCUCAGCUCCACGCGACCAGACACAUCGCAAGCUCAAGGCAAGUCGCACAACUUUUGUUCAGAUGGGAGAUGAGACUUUUUCUCGGCAGAGCCGGCAUGUCCAACUGAUAGGAAUUGGAGGAACAGUUGGGACCGCUUUGUUCGUUCAGAUCGGAUCGGCAUUGACCCAAGGGGGUCCCGCGAGCCUGUUUCUUGCGUUUGCGAUAUGGUCUACAUUCAUCCUCGCCAUCAACAACUGUCUGUCCGAGAUGGUAACAUGGAUCCCGAUCUCUUCGCCCUUCGUCAGGUUCGCAGACAACUUUGUGGAUCCAGCUCUUGGAUUCACGUCCGGCAUCAACUUUUUCGUGUUUGAGGCUGCAUUGGUGCCUUUCGAAGUCGUCGCAUUCAACCUUGUGCUCCAAUUCUGGACGGACAAGAUUCCGGUCACAGCCGUUAUCGUUUUUGUUCUCGUCUGCUAUGUACUUUUGAACGUCUUUGCCGUUGGGUACUAUGGAGAGGCUGAGUUCUGGCUCUCCGUUGGCAAGGUCAUCCUGGCUGUCGGACUGAUUGCCUUUACGUUUAUAACCAUGAUUGGCGGUAAUCCCUUGCAUGAUACGUACGGAUUCCGCUCGUGGGAUCCGUCAAAGGUCCCCGGUGCCCCAUUUGCUGAGAACAUCAAGACAGGAUCGCUGGGCCGUUUUCUCGGCUUUCUUACCUGCCUCAUCCAAGCCUCGUUUACCAUCGCGGGACCAGACUAUGUGUCGAUGACGGCAGGGGAAACUGAACUGCCGCGGAAGACAUUGCCGCGCGCGUUCAAUGGGGUCUUCUAUCGGCUGACGACGUUCUUCGUGGUUGGCACGCUCUGUGUUGGGAUCGUAGUUCCCUACAACGAUCCAACUCUGCUGGAUGCACUCUCGAAUGCACUUCCCGGGGCUGGUUCGUCCCCCUACGUGAUUGCGAUGCAGCGGAUGCAGAUCCCGGUGCUGCCUCACAUCGUGAAUGCCAUGAUCCUGACUUCGAUCUUCUCCGCCGGGGAAGAUGCCCAAGCUGUUUUCUCGUUGCACGAGACGUGGAGUUCCCAUCUACAGCGUGGGUGCCACUUUCGCUAUAUCACUGCUUUGCAAGUGUCCAACAAUUCCGCUGUCGUGCUGCAGUGGUUUGUCAAUCUCGUCACCGCUUCGCAGCUGCUGAACUACGCCAUCAUAUCCUUCACCUACCUCAAAUUCUACUAUGCUUUGAGGGCGCAGGGUUUCACACGGUCUGAGCUUCCACACAAGUCGUUCUGGCAGCCCUUCUGCGGGUACUACGCUCUUGUCGGUACCUCCGUGAUGGCUUUCGUCGGCGGUUACACCGUGUUUUUGCCCGGAAACUGGGACGUUCCAACAUUCCUGUUCUCUUAUUGCAUGCUUGGUCUCGCGCCGAUCCUCUUCCUCUUCUGGAAAGUGUUUCGGCGGACAAAGUGGCAACGAUCUCAGGAUAUCACAUUCCUGGACAAGGAGCGCGAGCAAGUGGAUGCUUACGAGGAAGCAUACGUAGCGCCAAUCACAAGCGGAACGUUCAACCGUAUCAUGGAUUUCCUUUUCUCAUAG